AUGAUCAUGGACCCCAAAACCCAGAUGCUGCAGGCCCUCGACACCACCAAAGACAGCCAAAUCACCUUCCUCCAGACAUUCGUCCGGACCCCUUCGCCCAACCCACCCGGCCAAACAACCGCGGCCGCAGGCAUCCUCACCUCCUUCCUAAUCAAUAAAAACAUCCCUUUCGACAUUAUCGAACCACAAGCAGGACAACCCAACAUCGUCAGCGAAUUCCAAGGCGGCCUAGGCCCCGGUCCCCGAGUCGUUCUGAAUGGACACAUCGACGUCUUCCCCGUCGCCGCCGACUCACAGGACAACUGGGACCGAGACCCGUGGUCCGGCGACAUUGUCGACGACCGUAUCCAUGGCCGUGGCGUCGUAGAUAUGAAAUCCGGCACUGCAUCACUGGUAAUUGCGUACGCACACCUGUACCAGAACCGGCAGCACUUAAAAGGCAGCGUGUCUCUCUGCGCCGUCUCAGACGAAGAAACGGGCGGCCAAUGGGGCACAAAGUACCUCAUCCAACAAGACGUCCAAAAAUGGGGAGGAGACGUCAUGCUCAGUACUGAGCCCGUAGGCUGCAAUUCCAUCCGCUUCAGCGAAAAGGGUACGCUGAGAAUGACAUGCACUUUACACACGCGGGGUGCGCACGGCGCAUAUCUGAAUUUGAGUAAAGGUGCGAUUCGGACGGCUACAGAAUUCAUUGCAGAGGUUAUCGAGGCCAUGGAAGGGAUACAGGUCGAUGUACCGCAAGAACUCGUUGAUCAAGUCGCCAAACCCGAGGUCAGAGACCUGAUUGAUGAGAUUAUGGGUGCGGGGACAUCAGACAUAAUCCUCAAACCGACUGUGAACGUAGGCACGAUCAAGGGUGGCGUAAAAGUCAAUAUGAUUCCCGAUACGUGCAUAUUUGAGCUUGACAUUAGAAUGCCCGUGGGCCUGCUGAAAGAGCAAGUUCUAGAUCUGAUUCAGGGAGAAAUCGUUCCGAGAUAUGUACCGGACGCUACGAUUGAGAUUGACGUGCAUCAGGCGGCGAGUAAUCCGUAUAGUUACUCGUCUCCUAACCACCCGAUGGUUGGGCUAUUGGCAGAAAACACACAGUCACUUACUGCGCAUCAUCCACUUGAGAAUGGUGGCGCUGUCAGACCGCUGGCGAUCCCGUCGAUGGGGGCUACGGAUUGUAAGCAUUACAGAUAUGCCGGGGUGCCUGCCUUUGUGUAUGGAUGCAGUCCUGCGACGAGUAAGUAUUUCCUACAACCUUGCAAGUUUGGGUGA